AUGGAUAUCAAUAAUUGUUUCUCCUCAAUUAAUACUUCAAGAUAGACAAGUAUAAAAUUUACUAUUUCAAGUUGAAUAGAAUGUAACAUUAAUGAAUAAUAUCGAAAUAAAACAAUAGAAAAAGAAGGAACUUUAUCUCAAAGCAUUAGAUAAGAUUAUCUCAUUACUGCAAAAGAAUUAGUGUCCUCGCCCUAAGUUAUAAAUUGAAAAACCUUAAGUUAAAAUAGAAGGAUGUAGAAGCAUUUGGUAAAAUUACUCAACAAUUUGCAAUUAAAUAAAAAUGAACUCUAAAGUUAUAGAUUAGUAUUUUUCUGCCUUGUUUUAUCAUUAUGUGUAUGAAAAUGUAAUAGUUUAGGCUAAUAAGAAAUUAACAAUUAAUCAUUCGUGGACAAAGAGUUAAAAGUACACACAUUGUAUCUUUGCUUUAGCAAUUUUUAAGUAUUAAGACAAAUAUACCAAUAGAAGAAUAAAAGAUUUGUAGUUAAUGCAAAAGUGCAGAUACAAAUUUAGUAAAAAAUCGAAAAAUAAAAUUGAUUUUUAAGGAAUGUAGAAUUUGCAGAGCUACUUGUACUGUUGAAGGAUCAAAAUUUAAAUGCUUUAGAUUUCCUUGA